UGGUUUAGGAAAAAGUGUACCCAUCCCAAGAAUACCGAUUUUCGUGUUAUCUUUAAAAAUGAAUUCAUAAGAUAUUUAUGUACAGAUAAGACAUUCGAGUUUUUAAGUUAUUUUAUUUAAUUCAAUUCUAAAUUUCUAAGAUUUAAUAAUAAUAAAUUAUUGCUUGGAUGUGUUUUGCAUUCAAUACAUUUAUUUUUUUUUAAUUAUUAAUUAAGUAUUUUAUUAUCUACAGUGUUAAAAAACUCAUCGAUUUUCUUUUUUAAAGUGUAGGUAGGUGCAAUGUCUGAACAUUUAAAUGCCACUGACGAACUGUCAGUGGAUCAGCAGUCGUUGCCGUUUGUCAAGUCGUUAGAAUCGUUUCAUAGCGAUAAAACUGAUCAUAACUAUAUUGUGGAAGCUAUUCCUGAGAACUGUAUAGAUAUUUCAGCAGAAGUUUGUGAACCUGUUGAAAAUUCUGACAAUAUUAUGCACUGUUUGGGUAUGUCGGCAAAAAAUAACUCAAUAAAUGAAAAACUAAAAAUAGAUGAUUUAAAAAAACAAACUGAUGACAUAACUGAUAACACAAAGUUAAUGGACAGUGAACAUAUUCUCCAUCAAACAGAUGUAGACGCAAUAAGUUGUAUGAAUAAUAGUUCUGCUAUGGUGGAAAACAGCUCUGCAAUUACUGUCGCAGAUUCUGUUCAUAAUGAAAUCACAAAAAACCUAAAUGAAAAUAUUGAAGUAUCAACUAAUGAAACUGACCAAAUAACCAACAAUAAUAUUAUGAUAGGUAAAUUUCAAUUUAUUACUUCUUAAUUAGAUUAUAUUAAUUUAUUUUAAAAUUAUAUUUUGUUGUAGAUUUGCCACCAAUUGAUGUUUUGAAAUCUAUAAGACAUAGUGAUUCAAAUGAAAUUAGCGACAAAGAAAUAGUUUUAAAAAAACCAAAUUCAAAUGAAGAUAUAAUAAUGCAUGAUGAUUGUUCUGUGAGUGAGGAAAAUUUGAAUCAAAAUAAUGUGUUAUUAAGUGCUGAAUUAUAUCCAGAACAGCAUGUGUCUAAUGAAUCGGAUGAAACGCUUCUGAAAACAAGUUCUCGUCCACAGCGACAAGCUGCAAAAAAAGCAGAAAAUCAAAUUAGAGUAAAUAAACAAAAUCUGGUUAUGAGUCAUUAUAAUUCAUAAUAUAAAAUGUACACAAUUAUUUUAUUUUAUUUUUUGUACUUUAGGAAAUAGCUAAAGAAAUAAUAAAACCUUUAGAUACUAUUGAUGAACAGAUUAUAGAUAUAAUUGAAGGGUUAUCUUCACCACUGAAAAAAGUUUGCUGUCAAUGUAACAGGGUAUUUAUUUACAAUUGUUUUUUUUUUUCAUCAACCUAAUUAAUUUAUAUUUAUUUAACUUAUUUUACAGUUUCGUUUAUGUAAAUUUUCUGUGAAAGAUUAUAAAUCUAUGUAUUUAUGCCAAGAAGAUUGUGUGGCUAGUUAUCGUAAGAAAAAUGAUCAGUACAAUCUUGAAAAUAAAUGCGAACAAUGUCUAUCAGUGAUUUCAGAGAAUCAAGAAAAGACAUUUUGUUGGCAAACAAAACAUUUUUGUUCGGUCAUUUGCUUAAGUGAGUAUUAUUCAUUUAUAAUUAAUAACAAUAUUAGAUGUAUGUAUAUAUAUAUAUAUAUAUAUAAGUGUUUAUUUUUACAGAUAAUUUUCAAACUAGAAUUUUUAAUUUGAAUUGUUUAAAUUGUCAGAUAUUAAUAAAAUCAGACAAUUUAGGAAAAUAUUGUCGUUUUAUUUCUGGAAAAAUAUUACAAUUUUGUGAAACUGCUUGCAUAGAAAGCUAUGAAAAAAGAUUAAAUCUAUGUGUUUUUUGUCAAAAGGAAUUAGAUGAUGAUUGUGAAUUUGAAGUAAGAUUUUUAUAUAUUAGACUUUUUUAUUGCUACUAUUUUAUUUUGUAUUAAAUUCAAUUUUGAAGGAAUUCUGUUCGUCAUUUUGUCAAACUAAAGAUUAUGAAUCAAAGAAAAAACAUAUUGAACCAGACAGUUCUGUCGAUUAUGGUGCCCAUGAAACAACACGUGCCAUUGGCAAGUUAAUCUUAUAAUAUUUUCUUAUAGUUAUACAAUAUAUAUUAUAAUAACAAUAAUUAAUAAUUUUUAUUUAUUGAUUUGUUAAUAGAUAAGUGCAAGGUUUGCUUCUGUAAAUUAAAUUCUUCAUCUGCAAAUAAUAUUCGAAUAUUUAGUAACACAAAUAUGUUAUUUAAAUUUUGUUCAAACCAAUGUCUAAAUAAAUUUAUUGUAUUUAAAAAGAGAUCUGUUUCUUGUUUUUUAUGUAAAGUAAGUUUCUUUUAUUUGUGAAUAUUUAUAGAGUUAUAUCUAUAAUACUGUUGUAAAAAUAAUGUUUUAAAUAAUACCAAUAUAAUAUUUAAAAAUAAAACAUUUUGUAAUUAUUUUGCACUAUGGUUUUUUAGUUCAGAAAGUUCAGUUUUGAUAUGAUUUCCACCAAAAAUGUGUCUUCCAGUGGUCAUACUUAUAUAUGUUCAUUGAACUGUUUGCAUCAACUACAAGAGUUACCACAGUCAAAAUCUAAAAAGUAUUAUCUAUGAAUUUAAUUUUAAGAAUGUAAUUUACGUACUAUUGUUAACAAUUUUAAAUUAUUUAUUAGAAUUAUUUGUGAUAAGUGUGGUUUGUCAUCACAAGCACGCCAUAAAACAAUUAUUAAUGCAUCCACCUAUAAUUUUUGUAGUCGAAACUGUUUAAAUUCAUUUCAAACUGGUAAAAGGCAAAAAGAUAAAUCUAAAUUCAAAAAUGGUAGGUUUGGAAAAAAGGUUUUUUUUUACAUUAUAUUAGUUAGUAUUAAAUCAUAUACUGUAUUUAAUUGAAAUUAGAAAAACAAUCCUCAGUUUCACGAGUAUCUACCAGGAAGUCUGCUCGCAAAGAAGAAAAUUAUUUAUCCGAUGUAAGUGAAAAUUAUUUAUUUAAUUAAUAACAUGAUAUAGCUUAGUGAAAAAAAUGUAUUAAUAUUUUUUUUUUCCUAUAGAGUGACGGAAUAAAUAAUACCUAUCAAAAACCUUCUAAAGUUAAAAAUAAAGUUAGUAGAAAAAUCAAUUAUGAAGAUACCAAUGUAUUACCUAUGGUUAAUAAAGAAGUUCAAACAGGUAAAUAAGAAUUUUUAUUUAAAUCCAAGUUUUGGUUAAUUGAUUUUUAAAUUAUUUGUUUAUUCGAAUAUUAUUUUACUUUAGAUCAAACAGGUAGUAAAGGAAUAAUAAUACCAGUUCCGGUACCAGUUUAUGUUCCAAUGCCUAUGCACAUGUAUGUAAUGCCAUACCCAGUUCCUGUGCCAAUCCCUAUACCUUUGCCAAUUCCAAUUUUUAUACCUACAACUAAAAAUACUGCCAAAGGAAUCUUCAAAGAUAUAAAGGUAACUUGAAAUAGUUGUUCAUAUAAAUUAAAUUUAUAUACCUAUUCAAAUUUAAAGAAAAUCAAAGAUGAAACUCCGUCCGAUCCUUUCGAAGCAGAACUGUUAAUGAUGGCAGGCAUGGUAGCCGAGGAUCAAAAAAAUGGACAAAGUUCAUCAUCAGAUAGUGAAAACGAUGAAUCAAAUAGCGGUAAUAAAAUAACUAUUGUAAAUUCGAUCUGUAUGUAAAAAAAAAUAAUUUUUUUAGAAUACAACGAUGAUACCAAAGUUGUUUCUUCGAGUGCUCGUAAUCAUAAUCCAUUUAGCGAUGAUGUACUUGCAAUUGCUUUAAAUAUGGCAGGAGCGGAUACAGAAAGUUUAGAAGGUGCUAAUGACAUAUCUACUAUUAGUUCAAAUAAUCAAGUAAAUCAAAUUAUUGAUGAUGUUGAAGCAAAUUUGGUAUCAUCUACAAUUAUGCCUCAAACACCUGAUCCAAUGAAUAGUAAGUUUAGAAGUUAUUAAAAUAAAAUUAAUUUGAAGAAUAAUAUAUAUUUAUGUAUAUAUUUUAAAGAUAUAACUCAGGAUGAUAUGAUAUCUUCUCCUCAAGAUAUGCUACGCCGUCCACCGAGAAAACGUGCACCUCGGACCCAGUCGCAACGUAGCUCAAAUGUAAAACGUUCUCGCAAAAAUGAAUAUCCCCAAUGCAUUCAAUCAUCUACUGGAUUAGACCAACAACAAAUGGUACAAAACUCCCUAUAUUCUAUUCCAAUGUCCGCGGUCAAACCAGAUGCAAAUAUGUGUCUCAAGUAUACUUUGGGAGUUACGGCCUGGCGCCAAUGGGCAUCAAUGAAGAGCAUUGAAUUUGAGAAAACACUGUCCAGCAAUGUGUGUAGUGUGAAAAAAACAAAUAUAUUCAAGUUAGACCUUCUUCAGUUGACUGCUAGUGAACUGAAUUAUUCUCUAAGUCAGUUUGUAAAAGAAGUUCGAAAACCAAAUGGAAACGAGUACGCGCCAGACACAAUUUAUUAUUUGUGUUUGGGUGUUCAACAAUAUCUAUUCGAAAACGGCAGAAUAGACAAUAUAUUUACAGAUAUUUUGUAUGAACAAUUCACUGAUACAUUAAAUGAAGUAGCAAAAAGAUUUACUGAACUCUAUAAUGAUACAAGUAUUUAUUAUACUAAUUUGUAAAAUUUUACUUAAUAAAUUGUGAAGGUAUCAAUAAUAAAAUAUUUAAUUAUAGAAUUUAUUGUUACACGAGUUGAAGAAGAGUAUCUUUGGGAAAGUAAGCAACUCGGAGCACAUUCUCCCUAUGUAUUGUUAUGUACAUUGAUAUUUUUCAAUACCAAACAUUUUAAUUUGACUGUAAGUUUAUUACGAUAGUAUAUUUACAUAUAUAUAUAUUUAUAUAUACAUAUAUUAUAUUUAUUUGUUUUAUUUAGAGUGUUGAAGAGCAUAUGCAAUUAUCUUUUUCUCAUAUUAUGAAACAUUGGAAAAGAAAUCCCAAUCAGCAGCCAUCAACAUCCGGUGUUAAAGCACCAGGAACCUAUAGGAAUGUAUUAUUGCGCUUUUACCCUCCACAAGCAUCUAUUGGUAAAUAUUAAUAUUGUUCUUUAAUAACGCCUUAUUUAAAAAAGUUAACUUUUUUAAAAAAUAUUUUCGUAGAUUCUCCUAAUUCCCGCAAAAAGAAAGUUUACGAACAGCAUGAAAACGAAGAAAAUCCCUUAAGAUGUCCUGUUAAGCUCUAUGAAUUUUACUUAUCAAAAUGGUUAUUAUUUAAUUUAUUUUUUUGAUAUUCAACCCAAGUACUUUGAUUUGAUGAGAACUGUUUUGUUUUUAUGUUCUAACAGUCCGGAAAGUGUUAAGACGAGAAAUGAUAUGUUUUAUUUGACCGCUGAAAGAUCUUGUGUGCCGGAUAGUCCUGUGUGGUAUUCAACUUGUGCAUUGAAUAAAGAAUCACUUGAAAAAAUGCUUAAUAGAGUUAAAAUGGUAAAAGAAAUAAAUGUAGCUCUGCUAUCAACGUAGUUGAAUUUGUUUUUUUAUAACAAAUUAAUAAUUAUUUUUAAAAAUGACUUUUUUAUCGUCUCAAAUAUUCUUCUAUAUAUAUUUUUUGUCUUAAAUUUUCUUAAAUAUUCUUCCAUAUGUACAGAUAAUUUAUAAAAAUGUUAUAUAUUGCUAAUAUUGUAGUUUUAUUAAUGUUAAAUAUUUUAUUUUUGAAAGCGUUCAACUAAAAUAAUGUUUUUAUAAUUGAAAAUUGAUUCCAAUUGUUGUUUUCUAAUGUAACAGAAAUAUGAUAUUGUUGAUUGUACUAAAAUAUUUAAAUAUUAGGAUGUUUAUGAACUUUGAAUCAUUUUUGUUUAUAUCAUGAUGUUAAUUCAUAUUCAAAACUUAUUAUUUAUGUUUACAGUUAAAUUGGGCAUUUUUUCAUUCAAAUAAAUAAAUUAUUAUGAGAAUGGAAA